CGCCUUUCUCACACAUUCCAAGACCCACACCGAGGCAACGCACUGUGCCCGCUACAAGUGUGAAGGCGCGCUGCCUCCCUCCGCCGAAAACCCGAAAUCCCAGCCCCCCCUCUCCCUCUCUCUCCCCAGCACCACCACGGCAGCGCGAUGAUCCAGCUGAUGUUCACGGUGCUCACGGCGGAGGCCGCCGUGGCGAUCGCGCUGCUGUUCAAGACGCCGGUGCGGAAGCUGGCGAUGCUCGGCCUCGACCGUCUCAAGCGCGGCCGCGGACCCGUCAUGGUGCGCACCGUCGCCGCCACCGUCCUCGUCGUCCUCGCCUCCAGCGUCCACAGCAUGAACAAGAUCCGCGGACGCGCCGCUGGCGAGCUCGACGGCGCGGGGGCGGGGACGCUCACCCCCACCGACCAGGUCCUCCUCGCCCGCCACCUCCUCGAGGCCUCGCUCAUGGGAUACUCCUUAUUCCUUGCUCUGGUCAUUGACCGGCUCCAUAACUAUAUCAGAGAAGUACGAGGGCUCAAAAGAAAUCUGGAGGCUGCGUCAAAGCUGAACAAGACACUAGACGAAGCAAAGCUUAUUGGAAGCUCUGAUGAGAGCAAGACAUACCAGAAAGACAUAGCUUCAUUGAAUGAGGAGAUUAAGAAGAUGAAACGUCAGCUAAAAGAAAAGGCAAAUGAGGCCAAGGAUGCAGAGGCUAAAGCCCUAGCUGCCCAAAAGCAAUCUGAAGGUCUAAUGAUUGAAUAUAACCACCUAGUGGAGGACAAUAAGCAUCUCCAUGACCAACUGGAGUCAGCAGACCUCACGGUGUCACGUUCUGAUGGCAAGAAGAAUACUUAAGGAUGACAUGAUCUCAAGGUAAACCUACUCCAUAGCAAGGAGUCCAGUUGAUGAUAUUCUAGCUUACGCCAUUGAAUGGUCCACACUCCACAAUGCAGAAGCUUCUGGACGUCUGAAGUCAGCUGAUGUUUGAUGGACAAGUUGGUAACUGAUAAAUUCUCAUACAAGUAGUCCCAUCUUUAGUUGAAUGUUCUGCUAUGAGCCUAUGACAUACCAGAUCCUCGAAUAACCACCGAACCUCUUACGAAGGUACCCAUAGAUUGAUAGAUGUCCAUCUGUAAAGAUCUCCAAAAAGGAAAACGUACAUGUCCCUGUGUAGAUAUCUGAUACCACACAUGGUCAACCAAAUGUUAUUUGGAUGAUAACAUGAGAUUGUUUAUGUGAAACAUAAUUAGCUGCUCACCAAUUAACUCUGGUUAUCUUUUAGUGAUUGUGCCGAACAUACGGAAAUACCUCGACAAUUGAACACAUAUAUGGUCUUUGAGGUUC